CUUACCUACCCUCUGGUCAUUCUUAGUGUUGUUUGUACCAACACAUGAUGUUAUUGUUAAUGUUUCCUUCUUCACUCACCAACCUGUGACCACCAAACCCAUUCCAUUCCUCAAUCUCCAAUGGCUUCCGCGCCCACCCAUUUCUCUCUUUCCCUCCGCACCAACCAACAAACCCCAAUCCCUAAAUCCUCUUUCUUCUCCCUUCCCAAGACCCACCUCCACUUCAACUCCAAUAACUGGCUUUGGGCCUCUGUUUCCACCGCUCGCAAAUCAAGGAUAUGCGCCUCAUCAUCGUCGUCCCAAGUCAUGGAUCCCUUCGCUGCUAAAUCCCAACCUGCACUUCCCGAAAUCGUCCAAGUCGAUUUGGGCAAUCGGAGCUAUCCCAUUUAUAUCGGAUCCGGGUUGCUACACGAACCAGACUAUCUCCAGAGGCAUGUUCAUGGGAAGAGGGUCCUAGUUGUAACCAACAAAACGGUUGCACCACUUUAUCUAGACAAGGUUGUAGAUGCUUUGACAAGGGGAAACCCAAAUGUUUCUGUGGAGAGUGUAAUUUUACCUGAUGGUGAGCAGUACAAGGACAUGGAUACUCUUAUGAAAGUCUUCGACAAGGCCAUCGAGUCGCGACUGGACAGGCGGUGUACAUUUGUUGCCCUUGGUGGCGGUGUGAUUGGUGACAUGUGUGGCUUUGCUGCUGCUUCCUUCCUACGUGGUGUUAAUUUUAUUCAGAUUCCUACCACUGUGAUGGCACAGGUCGAUUCUUCAGUUGGUGGCAAAACUGGGAUAAAUCAUCACCUUGGAAAGAACCUGAUCGGGGCUUUUUACCAACCUCAGUGUGUGCUUGUAGACACAGACACAUUAAAUACGUUACCAGAUAGGGAACUGGCAUCAGGGUUUGCAGAGGUUAUAAAGUAUGGCCUCAUUAGGGAUGCAGAGUUUUUUGAGUGGCAAGAGGAAAAUAUGCAGGCAUUACUGGCAAGAGAUCCUAGUGCACUGGCAUAUGCUAUAAAGCGAUCUUGUGAAAACAAGGCUGAGGUUGUUUCCUUAGAUGAGAAGGAAAGUGGACUGAGGGCAACAUUGAACUUGGGUCAUACAUUUGGUCAUGCAAUAGAAACUGGGGUUGGCUAUGGGCAGUGGCUUCACGGAGAGGCUGUUGCAGCUGGCACGGUAAUGGCUGUUGACAUGUCCUAUCGCCUAGGUUGGAUUGAUGAUUCUAUUGUGAAGCGAGUUGGAGACAUUUUAAAACAGGCUAAGUUACCUACAGCUCCUCCUGAGACCAUGACUGUGGACAUGUUUAAAUCUGUCAUGGCGGUGGAUAAGAAGGUAGCAGAUGGGUUGCUAAGGCUUAUCCUUCUAAAGGGUCCUCUGGGAAAUUGUGUUUUCACGGGGGAUUAUGACAGAAAGGCCCUAGACGAUACGCUUCAUGCAUUCUGUAAAUCUUGAUUUUUGUGCUCCAUGUUUCUAUUGCAGCUUUAUCCAAUUCCGUUUAGUGGGUUUUUUGUAUGUUGUGAUAACCUCACUUGUAUAUUUCUUGUGUACUUUGGCUGCCAACCAUGGCCCCCAUUAUGUAUGCAAGAGUCUAUUACGAAGUUGUAUUAUUAGAAAUUGAGGAAUGAUCAAUAAUUAUCAUUUGAGCAGAUCAUAUUCUUCUGAUCUUCUCAUCUUUUUUGUUGCUCAUAA